AUGUUUUUGGAAAACGAACAUCAGCCCAUUAUUAGCCAUUCACCUUACGACCUAGCACGUCCACUUGAACACCAUCACCAUCAUCACCUCAGCCAUCACGCCGCGACUAAUCAUCUCCAGUCGGGCACCGACCACUUGCAAGAAGAUUCGGAAGGUCGGAGUACGGCUAGCUCUCCGACGUCCAGUUACCGCGACCUGUCCGGGUGCGAAGACUUUGAUCUGAAAAUCCCGAAACCGUCUGGUCACGGGUCUGGCACUGGUGGGAAUAACAACAACAAUAACCACAAUAACAACAACAACAAAGAACAAAAACCGAAAAAGCACAAGUGCAAACACUGUGGGCUGGAGUGUACGGAAAAGGUGCAGUACUGGAAGCACAUUCGCACUCACAUCAAACCUGAACAGUUGCUGGAGUGCCCAAACUGUGAGUUCGCCACCGACCUGAAACACCACUACGAAUACCACCUGCUGAACCACACAGGCGCCAAGCCGUUCACGUGCCCGGACUGCGACUACAAGUGCGUGAGCAAGUCGAUGCUCCAAUCACACCUCAAGUCGCAUUCGAACGUGUUCCAGUUCCAGUGUUACGACUGUGGUUACGCAUCUAAGUACAUGCACAGCCUCAAGCAGCACCUGAAGAAGCGCGACCACCGGCCGGCUACGCCGCUCAACCCAGACGGUACGCCGAACCCGGACAUCGUCAUCGACGUGGUGGGCAACCGACGCGGGCCGCGGCAAAAUAAGAAACAAAACCGGCACAAUCCGUAUCAGCAACAGCACCAGCAGCAACAGCUCCAACAGUCUAUGACCGUGUGUUCGUCGCAGGACGACGGCGGCAGCAGUAGCGGCGGACACCCAUCACCGUACUCGAUGCAACAGCUGUUGCAGAUGCCCGCUUCCGGAUGCGCCCAGGUCACUUAUCCGACCUCGGCCGAGUCGUUCAUGUAUUCGAUGAUCACCAAACGCUCCAUAGAGAUGGUUGACUACCAGGCCGCCGAAUACAUGGCCAUCAAGAACAACAACAACAAUAAUAACUCCUCGUCGGUCGAUGAUAAGAUGGAAGUGCAACAGCACCACCAACAACCACUACAACACCACCACAGCAAUCAUCACCAUAAACGCGGCCAUCAGUACCAUUCAGAUGACGUGCUGAAAGUGGAUUUGGCUGGGCGUAGCGGUAGUGGUGGUGAACUGACGCCCGAACCACAGGUACCCGUGUUGGCGGUCGCCGAUCCUUCGCCACCGACCGUCGUUUUGGCCAUCGAGACGGGACCGUUAAACUUAAGCAGAGACUCGGUGGCUCCUCGCGCCGCGGGCAGCAGCCGGCGCAAGGGGAUCGCGUGCAAACUCGAGCGGCCGGCUACCGAAUCGCAGCCCAAGUCUGUGCCGGUGCCGGUGGUGGUUGUUCCGGUGUCGCCUGAGGUACCGAUGGAUUGCAGUAGCGAGUCAAGAGGAAUGCAGCAGCAGCAGCAGACGUCGUCGUUGUCUUCGACGCCCGAAAAAGAAGACAAGGAAGACGAGACGCACGUGUGCCACCAUUGCGACAUAAUAUUCAAGGAGAACAUCAUGUACUCGAUGCACAUGGGUUUCCACAGCUUCAGGGACCCGUUCGCGUGCAACCUGUGCGGCGAGAUAACGGCAGAUAAGUUUUCGUUUUUCGCUCACAUAGCGCGCGUGCCGCACAGUUAG